AUGAGAGAUGGCAAUUGGAAUUAUGUGGAGAAACCUUAUAUUUCACCUUUAACAUUUGAGAUUAUAUUAAAAUACAUGUACACUGGUUCAAUAUCUAUCAGAAAUCUAGAUAGCAUAAAGAUUAUGGAGAUUAUUGAGACAGCAAAAGAAUUUCUACUUUAUGAAUUAGUUGAAUAUUUAAAUAGUAAUUAUAACACUAUUAUUAAAAAUACGGAAGAAUUGAAUUCGAAUGAAAAAAUUCAUACAAUUGAUAAUAAUAAUAAUAAUAUAAGAUCAAUAUCAGGGCCAAGAUCGAAUAAAAAAUGUGGUAGAAUUCAACUUGUUGGUGCGGGUCCUGGUAAUCCUCAUUUAUUAACACAGGCAGCCUGUAAUGCUAUUCAAGAAGCUGAUUUGGUGUUAGCUGACAAAUUAAUUCCAGAGGAGGUUUUAAAAUUGGUUCCUUCAGACACUGAAUUAAUAGUCGCAACUAGGAAAUUUUGUGCAAAUGCUGAUGCAAUUCAAGAAGAAAUAAAUCAAACAAUUUUACAAGCUUUAAAUAAUGGAAGACAUGUUGUUAGAUUAAAACAGGAUCCAUUUUUGUUUGGUCGUGGUGGCGAGGAAUUUCUAUUCUUUAAAUCUCAUGGUUACAUUCCUAAUGUUAUCCCUGGUAUUUCUUCUUGUUUGUCCGCUCCAUUAUAUGCCAACAUCCCUGUCACUCAUAGAGGAGUUGCAUCUCAAUUGUUGAUAUGUACAGGAACUGGACGUAAAAAUUCUCUUCCUGACAUUCCUAUAUAUAAUUCAUGUAGAACAACUGUUUUCUUAAUGGCUAUUCAUAGAAUUAAACAAUUAAUUACUGAUUUGAUUAAUGAUGGAAAAUAUCCGCCCGAGUGUCCUUGUGCUGUCAUUGAGAAGGCAAGUUGCAAAGAUCAAAGAGUCAUUCACGGAACAUUAGCUACCAUAGCUGAUAUUAUAAAUAGAGCGGGCACUAACCCACCUGGGACUUUGGUUGUAGGAUGGACUUGUUUAACUUUAUCUAAAGAUUAA